AUGCCAUUCCAAACGGAUGAGACUUGGCCCGCUGGCCUUCACAUCAUUUUCAACCAUGCUCGCGCCAAGCGCACUACAUUCGAAAAUCGUUACUAUGGUCCCUACGACAAACUCCUGAACUACUGCUUUGGAGAGUCCUUCGCCUUCUACGUCGCUCCGCAGAAUCCUCCCAGGGACGAUAGCCGGCGUGACCCCGUCGACUUCAUCGUCUUCCUGGUCGUAUUCGACAACGACGACAAGCCUGUCCUGAUCGUCGACGUUAAGGAUGACGGUUGGAAGGAGAAGGCUGAAUUACGCUAUCGCGCAGACGAACAAAUGCGCGGUAGGUACGCAUUGAUGCUGGACGACUGUCCUCUCCCUCGUCUAUGGGGCAUCAGCCUUCUCGGCACUUCCGCACGCGUCUACUGUGGUGACACCGCCACGUAUCAGGUGCAACCUCCCCCCAUCGUGCGCCCCGACCCUUCGCGUGUUCUUUUGCCAACCUUUUUAGCUGGGGAGUGGGACAUGGACAUCAUGACGGAGGAGGGAUUUGAGAAGAUGAAGGAAAUCGUGACUGAUAUCCUAGCUCAUGCCGGCAAUUAG